GAGAAGAGGGAGGAAGUGACACGUUCUUGAGAGAGACAGAUAGAAAGUGCUGGAGACCAAGGGCGUAGUCUGCACAUCGCUUAACAUUUUUUGGAACCACAACCAUACGAGCAUCUCUGUUCAGAUCAGAAUGGCAGCCUGGGACCUGUCUGUCGCUGUGGAGGAACUGGGACCGCAGGCCCCGCCUCUUAAAAUCAGUGUCACCUCAGAUCUACACAUCGGCGGAGUCAUCCUCAAAGUCGUGGAAAAGUCACAAAUCCAGAGGGACUGGUCCGAUCACGCUCUGUGGUGGGAGCAGAAGCAGCAGUGGUUACUGAAGCCGUCCUGGACGCUGGAUAAAUGUGGGAUUCACGCGGAUGCCCGGCUCUGCCUCACAUCUCAGCACAAGCCCCUGCGGCUGCGUCUUCCCAGCGGCAUCACCCUCCGCCUGAGAGCCUGCUUCUCCAGCCCCGUCUUCCGCUCCGUCACCGGCAUCUGCAGACUCCUGAACAUUCGCCACCCAGAGGAACUGUCCCUGCUGUGGCCAGUGGAAGAGAAGAAGAGAAAGAAAGAGAAAGAUGUCGAGGAAGAGCUGUAUGACAUCACACGCGCACCACUUCCUUCAAGCAGCAUCCCAAAGCUUGCUAACGGCAUGCCUGCGUUCUUCGCUGAAGCGGCUGAAACUGAGGCUGUGUACAAGAUGCUGGCGGUCAGUCAGCCUGCUCCGGCCCCAGAGACCAUCGCUAAACUGUACCGCACAACUAACAUAACGGAGAAAGCACACAUUAACAGCAGGUGGCUGGAUUCGUCCCGUUCUCUUCUACAACAGGGAGUCAAAGAACAUGAUAAACUCCUACUGCGUUUCAAAUACUACACCUUUCAUGACAUCGCGCCACAGGCGGAUGCGGUGCGUGUGACGCAGCUGUACGAGCAGGCGAGGUGGGCUGUCCUGCUGGAGGAGACUGAAUGCACCGAGGAGGAGAUGAUGGUCUUCGCUGCCUUACAGUACCACAUUGGGAAAGUGUCUCUGACGGAGCAGUUCGUGGCGUCUUGUCCAGCGAUGGAAGAUCUGGAUUCAGCUCUACAGUGUCUGGAGGUGAAGAUGGAAGGAGAGAGCAGUGCGGACGACAUGCUGGAAACAAUGACGGCUCCAGAACUACACGACUACUUGAAAAUAUUCAGACCGAAGAGGCUGACACUGAAAGGGUAUAAACAAUACUGGUUUACGUUUAAGGAGACGACCAUCUCCUACUUCAAGAGUAAAGAGGAGAGCUGUAAAGAGCCCAUUCAACAGAUGAGCCUUAAAGGCUGCGAGGUGGCUCCGGAUGUGAGUGUUGCCGGGCAGAAGUUUUGCAUCAGGUUGCUGAUUCCCGGGCCAGAGGGCAUGAACGAGGUCUACUUGCGCUGUGAGCAUGAACAGCAGUACAGCCGGUGGAUGGCAGCGUGCCGCUUGGCCUCCAAAGGCAAGACUUUAGCGGACAGCUCCUUCUCCAGUGAGGUGCAGAGUAUCCAGUCGUUCCUGGCCAUGCAGAAAACCACACCUAGCACUAACACGGCUCAGACGGAUGAAAGCAUCAAUACACACAGCCUCGUCUCUCCACGCUACCAGAAGAAGUACAAACCCAAGCAGCUCACGCCGAGGAUCCUGGAGGCCUAUCAGAACGUAGCUCAGCUCUCAUUAACAGACGCCGUUCAGAGGUUCCUUCAGAUCUGGCAGGCUCUGCCUGACUUCGGCCUCGCUUAUAUUGUAGUCAGGUUUAAGGGUUGCCGCAAGGAUGAGGUGCUUGGCAUUGCCAAUAAUCGUCUAAUCCGCAUUGACCUGAGUGUCGGAGAUGUUGUGAAAACCUGGAGAUACAACACCAUGAGGCAGUGGAACGUCAACUGGGACAUCAAACAGGUUGCCAUCGAGUUUGAUGGCAAUGUGAACAUCGCCUUCAGCUGUGUGACAGCAGAUUGUAAGAUUGUCCACGAGUACAUCGGCGGCUACAUCUUCAUGUCCACGCGCGGUCGGGAGCAGAGCAACACUCUGAACGAGGAGCUGUUUUACAAACUGACAGGCGGCCAUGAAGCGCUUUGAGAGAAAUACACAUCUGUGCACCUAUGGACUGAAGAGUGUUCAUUCAUAACCUAAAAAGCAUACACAUACAGAUAUGGCCAUCCAUGAGUACUUCCCUUGAAAAACACUAUGUUGUCUUGUGAGACCUGAGGUGUUUCGUUUUCUGACAUUUAGCAGUGUGGCAGUUCUCUGUCUUCUUGUUUUAAUUGGCUUUGAUCAUUCAUGUCUUGCAGUUAUUAAUUUUUACUGUCAAAGCUUGUCAGCCUUUUGCUUUAAUUCUGAUGCAUCUUAUUGCUUAACUUCAGAGUUCAAGGUUUCGCGUUGUAUUAAUAUAGUAUGACAGUGUAUUGUGUUAAAUACAGUGUUGCUAGGCGAGGAAACUGUUUGAUUUGCAGCUCAAGCGUUAAAAAGGAUGCAUGGUGGUGACAUCAUUUGUCGCAGGAAACCACCGUGCAAGUUUCACAAGCAAUGCGUGUAGCAGAGUAUGAAGAACUGCAUCCUGUGCACUAAAAUUAAUCCUGCAGACUUCAAUUGCAAUCAUAAAUAGCAAAAACAUAGACACCUACUCAGAAGUUGUUGU